AGCAGUGUUUCAGCUGUAUCUUCACAGACUCCUGUAUAUGUCCGUGUACACCGGAGUACAUGAGUAUUUCUGGAAAUAUACUGUUCUGUGUAACAUGGCUCAGAUAAUUUCCACAUACAUCUGGCAAACCUGAAAUUACACGGCAGUUUACGAUGGCCAGAUAUUACCAGAUUUGACUCUUUUCAUGCAGCUUUGUUUUCCUACUAUUACAUUCAAUAUAGAAGUGUGUACACGUGAUGUUUUUAGCUCAUGGACUGUCUUCCCCUUCAACGGAUCGUCAAGCUGGUUAGAACGGGUUUGCAUGAUUUUGACACAUCCUGUGGUUGCUGUAUCUUAGUUCUGAGAAGUCGUAUGUAGCAUCCGUAGAGGUGCCAGAUGAGGGGGAGGGGUGAAUAUCGAUAUAUAAACCCCACAGUGGUAUAGAGGUUGUCUUCUUCUCACUGCAGAAUCUCUGUAUGUCAGACAAACUUCUUGCAAGAAUAAACGUCCUACUUUUCUGAUAGCAUUGCUCUCUGAGUUUUAUUUCACCUCGACACAUAUUUUUCCACAACAAGAGUGACACUGAAGGUCUUCUGGCAAGUUUGACACAUUCAAUCCAGCAAUAACCAUGAAUUUCGAACAGCAACGUCUUUCACCAUGCAGAACAACACUGAUUCAUCGAGGUCCUCCAAAAAGAUUACGUUUACAUACAGAGAAGAAAGUGAUCGAUGAUAAUGGGAGAGUCAGAAAAUGGACUUAUGGGAAAAAAGACUCCAGCAAACAAAACAAAAUUGUUCUGCUGGUGGGAGAGACUGGUGUCGGUAAGACCACCAUCGUCAACACUAUGGUCAACUACUCACUGGGAGUGAAAUUUGAGGAUGAAAUAUGGUAUGAAAUCACAGAAGAAGCAGCUGGAGAUCAAUCAGAAUCACAAACCUCUGAAAUCACAAUGUAUGAGGUCUUUCCUGAAGAGAGUCCCAUUUCGCUCACCAUCAUUGAUACUCCAGGCUACGGAGACACUAGAGGAAUGGACAAAGAUCUGGAAGUUGCUGGGAAUUUAGCCAUGCUGUUUCAGAACAAUGAUGGAGUUCGUGAAGUCGAUGCCAUUUGUUUUGUGACUCAAGCGUCUAAGAAUCGUCUCUCAGACAGACAGCAUUACAUUAUCGGUUCAAUUCUGUCUUUGUUCGGGAAAGACAUUGUGAACAACAUUGUAUUUUUAAUCACACACUCUGAUGGUCUGCCACCCAAAAAUGUCCUCGGUGCCAUUAAAAAAGCUAAAAUCCCCUGCAGACGAGACAAAAGUGGCCAACCUGUUUAUUUCUUAUUCAACAAUUGUCAUGCUGAAGCCCGUCACAAUGAGAAACGUUACAUUCGUACUCAAAGAAACGCCUGGGAAAACUGCACUGAAGAGAUGGAGAAAUUCCUUCAGUCUCUGGAUGAAAAGGAAAGAAGAAGUUUGGAGCUGACUUCAAAUGUCCUGACUGAGCGCAUUCAGCUUGAAGCGCUUAUCUGCAACGUACAGCUGCGAAUUCAAGAGAAAGAGCUGAAAAAGGCUGAAAAACUUCAGAUUCAGGAGGCAAUGAGACAAAACAAGGAAAAGAUUGAACAGUGUAAAAACUUCAUCAUUGAGGUCAAAAAGACUGUCAAAAUGAUGGUUCCCAUUGAAAGCAAGUCAUGGAAACACAGGAAUGCGACGACCUGCACUGUCUGUGAGGAAAACUGCCAUGAGUUUAACUGCUGGUGGGUUUCUAACCCCGGCAAAUGUAAAGUCAUGAAAAACGGUUACUGUACCGUCUGCACAGGGAAGUGUCACCACAGCAAACAUGUCAAAGGAAGCAAGAAAUACGUCAUCAGCACCUCAAGCGUUAUAAUUGUGUUUGAUGAUUUGAAGAAGAUGUAUGAAGAAACUCAAGAACAAACGAAGUGGUUUUCAGUUAUAAUGGAUCAUCUUGAAAACGAUCUGCAGACGACUGAGCACCAAAAGUUAAUUCUUUUGUCCAAUGCAUACAAGACCAUCAAGCAUCUGUCUCAGAUCGCAUUAAAACCAGACUCUGCCUUCACUCUUCAGCAUCUGGACUUCUUCAUCCCCAGAGUGAGGGAGGCUGGGAAAGAAGACUGGGUGCGAGAGCUGGAGGAGAUGAAGAGAAUCGCUGAAGCUGAAGAAGCGAAUAAAGAUGCUGUGAGUUAUCUGAAAGCUGGUCUGGCAAAAGUUAGUCUGUAACGAUUCUUUGGUGGGAAAUAAACAAGUACAUAGAGGACAAUUGACGAAUCGAUGAAAAUGAAGAAGAUAAUGUAAAAUCAAUGUCUGUAGAUCUGAAAAUAAUACGAGAUUUCAUUUAAUAAUUGUAUCAAGCUAAUUUGUUUUAAUGAUUAUUUAAAAGGCAAGCCACUCCAGUUCAAUCUGUUAGUUUAUAAACUAAUAAUAAAUGAGUGUAUGUAAUACCAUUUUGGGUUACUGGAUGAUAGUUUUGAGAGAAAAUGUUGCAUCUGUGAAUGUUGAUGUGUUUAUUCUUGUGUUAAUCCUGGUUAAACUCUUCUACAUUUUACAUCAGUAGCUGAAAUCUUUUUAUCUCUUUGCCUUUAUUGUUAUUUCCCUCAGAGUGUCUGCCUUUCUCUGCAUCAAAAAUCUUGAUAAAGUGCCCCUAUUAUGCCAUUUCCAAUAUUGCCUUUCAUGCAGUGUGUAAUGCAGCUGUAUGUGAAUGUAAAUGAUCUGCAAAGUUGUAAAUCCGAAAGUGCAUGAUAAAUAAAGUUAUUGUCUCCCAAAAUAAAGAA